CAGCGAGCCGGCAGUGUUCUUUAGGGGCGCACCCGGCAGUCUAUCUUGAUUCUGGAAGCAUUCCGCGACGGCAUCCACCCACACCACCAGCUAAGGGGGAGGCAGUGCGUGGGGGGGGAAAGGAGCGGGGGAACAGAUUAGGACCCAAUUGCAAUACAAAGCCUCAUGCGAGAGGAAAAAGAAAGGAAAGGUUCGCGAUACAACACUGGUGGCGUCGUCUCGGAAGGGCGGCCAGUGCAACACGAUGAAAUCAAGAGCCCGCCCCUCCUGCGCGCGCUGGAACCGGGUUUCCCACGCGCUAGGCCAGUUGCAGUAGGCGCCGGGUGGGCUGUCCACGCGUCUCAAGUGGACCUGGCUGGGGGAGCAACGGCAGACGAGUCGUGCGAGGUGCAGGUGCGCGGGUUGCAGCUUCGCAACUGCACACCGCAUCUGGGCAAGAUGGAGAAACAUCUCAAGUAG